UGAAAACUUGGGUGCCGCCCUAAUGAAGUUCCUUUAACUGUUUUGUUUAAAACUACACAGCUGAUGACAACCUGAUACAAAGGUUAUUUCAGUCCAAGCUCAAAGUCCACGAUACAGAAAUAAAUCGACUCUAUUGAUUCAAAUACUUCCAGACGAGUGCGAUACAUUUUUUUGCAUUUUAUCUCCGCGAAGUGUUAAAUGGAUUCAGCAUGGGAGAGGAUGAAACACGCGAAUCGUUGGAUUUUGGAGAAUGGGGAUAAACGGACAGAUCCAUGGCUUUUAGUCUACUCUCCUGUACCAGUCAUUUGUAUAUUUGCCUGCUAUCUUGGUGUUGUUUGGAUCGGACCCAAACUUAUGAAAAACAGGGAACCAGUGAACCUAAAGGCAGUGCUUAUUGUGUACAAUUUUUCUAUGGUUGCUUUGUCUGUUUAUAUGUUUCGUGAGUUCUUGGUCACAUCUUGGCUGGCAAACUACAGUUACCUGUGUCAGCCUGUGGACUACAGUCUCAGUCCAUUAGGAAUGAGGAUGGCAAGUGUAUGCUGGUGGUUUUUCUUCUCUAAAGUCAUUGAACUUACUGACACGGUGUUUUUCAUCUUAAGAAAAAAGAACAACCAGCUCACAUUUCUACAUGUGUAUCAUCAUGGGACGAUGAUCUUCAACUGGUGGGCAGGGGUUAAAUAUCUGGCUGGAGGUCAAUCAUUUUUCAUCGGCCUGCUGAACACUUUUGUUCAUAUUAUAAUGUAUUCUUACUAUGGCCUUGCUGCCCUUGGACCUCACAUGCAGAAAUAUUUGUGGUGGAAGCGCUACCUUACCUCACUGCAGCUGGUCCAGUUUGUCUUUCUGACUGUUCACACCGGCUACAACCUUUUUGCUGAAUGUGACUUCCCUGACUCUAUGAACGCAUUUGUGUUUGCAUACUGCAUUAGCCUCAUCAUGCUUUUUAGCAACUUUUAUUAUCAAAGCUACAUAACCAGGAAAACCAAGAAGUCUUAACCACUCAUUGUCAGUCCAAGUGCUGAAGCACCAAGAGAGAAAUCAAUCAAUUCUGCAAUCUUGUCUUAGCUUGAAAUGACUGUAUCAUCAGGGGCCAUAUUACUGAUAAAAGAUUAAUGAUAUUCAGACUCAAACAUGUAUGCAUUGUAGAGUUAGGACAUUUUUGUAAUAGGAUUUUAGGACUUAGAGGCCAGUGAUACAACUGUUACUGUAAAGAUGACUGAACUGCUGAAAAACAAAAAAACUAAAUAUACUAGCAUCAUUCCCAUGCUGGUUUAGCUGGUGGUCACCAGCAUACCAGCACCAAAACACAACAUAUGCUGUUUAUUUUUUUCAACAUUGUCUUAUUAUCGACCUAAAGGACUUGAAGUUGUAAAUUAAAUGCUAAUUCCAUUUUUUUUACUUAAAUGUCUAAAUGUUUUAAUUACCAUUGCCUAAUUUUGGUAUGUACGUUUAUGUUUUAAAACACUGACGGUAAGAAUUCCACUAGAUGGCAGUAGUUCUCGCGAUACAAAGGCGUAUGACAUCAAAGUACCGCGAGAGCGUUUCGAAAGAAACCCAUACUUAGACGUUUUGUAUUUAUUUAAGUAUCAAAACCAUACUUUUAGACUCUGAUUGUAGAGGUUAGACAUUUAUUUUGAUGUGAAACAUUAACAAAACAUUCACAGAUGACUUAUCUAUGUUUGCAUGAACAAAAAAAAUUGUCAAAUAAUUUGUUAAUAAAUAAAUAUUUAGUUUUUUUGCUGUA